GUUAGCCUUUCGGUGAGCUCAACUACCUUGACCGACGAAGCUUAACUUCCUUUAAGCGUGAGAAUCACGACAGACCGCGGUCUUGCGUGCCUCAUCGGAGGCUUGUGUUUCUAUUGUAACUAGCUGCACUGGUAAACUGCAGAAUGGCAGACAGUGCCAGUCUUCAGUUUGUUAGUCCGUUUGCUUUUGAGGCCAUGCAGAAGGUAGAUGUGGCCAGGCUGGCUGCAUUGAGUGACCCAGAGCUUAGACUGCUGCUGCCCUGUCUGGUGAGGAUGGCUCUCUGUGCCCCUGCAGAUCAGAGCAAUGCCUGGGCACAGGACAAGAAACUCAUCUUGCGACUGCUGUCAGGGGUGGAGGCAGUGAACUCCAUUGUAGCGCUGCUGUCUGUGGACUUCCAUGCGCUGGAACAGGAUGCUAGAAAAGAGCAGCAGCUAAGGCAUAAGGCUGGAGGCUCCAAUGGCGAGAGCAUCCUGGUUUCUCAGCUGCAGCAUGGCUUGACUUUGGAGUUUGAGCACAGUGAUCCUCUCAGGAGACUCAGACUAGCACUCAGUGAGCUGCUGGCCAUCAUGAACAAGGUGGCUGAUUCUAAUGGGGAGUUUUUUUUAAAGUCCUCUGAGCUGUUUGAAAGUCCCGUGUACCUGGAUGAGGUGGCGGAUGUUCUCUGCAUCCUACAAGCAGAGCUGCCAUCUUUGCUGCCCAUCAUUGAUGUUGCUGAGGCGCUACUUCACGUGAGGAAUGGGGAGUGGUUCUUGUGUCUACUGGUGGCAAAUGUCCCGGACAGCUUUAAUGAAGUGUGCAGGGGUUUGAUAAAGAAUGGAGAACGGCAGGAUGAGGAGAGCGUAGGGGGCAGACGCAGGACAGAAGCUCUCAGGCAGCUGUGUCAGAUGAACCCCUCUCAGGCUCUGAAUAUCAGGGCCAUGGUGGUUGAGGAGUGUCACCUGCCAGGUCUGGGUGUGGCUCUCACACUAGACUAUAAGCCAGACACUGCAGAUGAGGCAGUCAGUCCUCUGGUGUCUUAUGUUAGCGGCCUACUCCUGGGCACCAAUGGAAAAGUGCGCACCUGGUUCAGUAUGUUCAUUCGCAAUGGUCAGCAGAGGAAAAGAGAAAGCAGCUCUGUACUAUGGCAAAUGCGAAGGCAGCUACUGUUGGAGCUAGUGGCCAUCUUACCUCGCUCUCGCAGUACUCACGUUCCCAAUGACAGUGACAUGGACACAGAGAGCAGCUCAGGGUAUUCUGGCCUGCGGGAGGAGCAUGUGGUGAAGGCCAGCGCACUGCUACGACUCUAUUGCGCACUCAUGGGCAUCGCUGGGCUCAGACCCACAGAUGAAGAGGCGGAGCAACUGUUACAGUUGAUGACCAGCCGUCCGCCAGCCACGCCUGCAGGUGUGCGCUUUGUCUCUCUGUCCUUCUGCAAACUGCUGGCUUUCCCCACACUCGUCAGUACUCCAGAACAGGAGCAGCUGAUGGUAAUGUGGCUCAGCUGGAUGAUUAAAGAAGAGGAGUAUUUCGAGAGUGCUGCCGGUGUCUCAGCCUCUUUUGGAGAGAUGCUAUUACUGGUUGCCAUGUAUUUCCAUAGCAACCAGCUCAGUGCCAUCAUCGAGCUGGUUUGCUCUACCCUGGGGAUGAAGAUCGCCAUCAAACCCAGCUCACUGAGCAAAAUGAAGACCAUUUUCACCCAGGAAAUCUUCACGGAACAGGUAGUCACGGCGCAUGCAGUGAGAGUGGCUGUUACUAACAACCUCAGUGCCAACAUCACAGGAUUCCUCCCCAUCCACUGCAUAUACCAGCUUUUGAGGAGCAGAGCCUUCACCAAACACAAAGUAUCCAUAAAGGAUUGGAUCUUCAGACAGCUGUGUGAGACAACCACUCCGCUCCACACUCAACUGCUUCCAUUAAUUGAUGUUUACAUUAACUCUAUCCUGACCCCUGCUUCCAAGACCAACCCUGAGGCCACCAACCAGCCAAUCACAGAGCAGGAGAUCCUUAAUGUGUUUCAAGGCUUAGCAGGGGGAGAUGGAGGGAAGACUCGGUCACAGUAUACCAUCACCACUCAACUGCUGAUUCUCUACUAUAUCUUGUCCUAUGAGGAAGCUCUUCUCACUAAUACAAAGACAUUGGCGCUGAUGCAGAAGAAGCCAAAAUCAUACUCACCGGCCCUCAUGGACCAGAUCCCCAUCAAACACCUCAUCCAUCAGGCACAGGGACUACAGCAGGAGCUGGGAGGCCUUCACUCCGCUCUGUUGCGGCUGCUGGCCACAAACUACCCUCACCUAUGUAUGGUGGAGGACUGGAUCAGUGAAGAAGAAGUGACUGGCACUCUGCCCUUACUGAGGAAGAUGCUGCUGACCUCCUCAUCCUGCAAAUACUCACAGACACAGUUACGACAGGCAUUCCAGAACAUUCUCUCCGGUGGUCCCAGGCUGCUGCGUAUCCUGGAGCACCUGACACUGUUUUCUGCAGGCGAUCUGAUCCCGUACGCAGAGGCUCUCACCGCCAGCAUGGGUUUGCUGUUAGAGGACGGCGUCUCUCGAAGAAUCCUGCAGACAGUCAACAAACUCUGGAUGGUACUUAAUACAGUCAUGCCACGCAGGCUGUGGGUGAUGACAGUAAAUGCUCUGCAGCCCUCAGUAAAGCUCCUCCGGCAGCAGAGGUACACUCAGAAUGAUCUGAUGGUGGAUCCUCUCAUUGUUCUGCGCUGUGACCCCAGAGUCUUCAGGUGUCCUCCUCUCAUGGACAUCACUGUUCACAUGCUGAAUGGAUAUUUGCUGGCAUCUAAGGCCUACCUUAAUGCUCACCUGAAGGAGACAGCUGAAUUUGAGCGACAGGGUCAGACCAUCUCAAACCUUGGGCUCAGCGGCCAACCUGAUGCACCUGAGGUCACCAGAGAGGAGCUGAAGAAUGCUCUACUGGCUGCUCAGGACAGUGCAGCAGUACAGAUCCUGCUGGAGGUCUGUUUACCGUCCCCACAGGAGGAACUGCAGCUGGGAGGAGGUGGAGGAACAGACAGCCUGCUGAGGAGCGUUCAGUCGGCUCCAGGUAUUCCCGUGCGGAACCAGGUGGGAGACACAGGGGCUGGGCGGGGGGCCCAGGGGGAGCGUGAGACAGAGGGCGGACUGCUCAGUGACCUGAGGGAGGUGCAGUGUCUCAUCUGCUGUCUGCUGCACCAAAUGUUCAUCGCAGAUCCCAACAUCGCCAAACUAGUGCACUUCCAGGGUUAUCCUCAGCCUCUGCUCCCUCUGACAGUCGCAGGAAUUCCUUCCAUGCACAUCUGUCUAGACUUUAUCCCAGAACUCUUAGCCCAGCCGCAGCUGGAGAAACAGAUCUUUGCCAUACAGCUGUUGUCCCAUCUGUGCACCCAGUAUGCACUGCCCAAAUCUCUGAGUGUGGCACGUCUUGCCAUUAGUGUGAUGGGUACUCUACUCACAGUUCUGACCCGUGCCAAGCGUUUUGCAUUUUUCAUGCCGACGCUGCCAUGCCUGGUUUCUUUCUGCAAGGGCUUCCCACCCCUCUUCGAUGAUGUCAUGUCCCUGCUGGUGCAGUUGGGUCAGGUGUCUGCUGCUGAUGUCACCACCAAGGCCAGAGACAUUGACCCUCUCAUCACCCGUCUCCAGUAUUUGAGAGAAAAGCCGCAGGAAAUACCACUAUCAGAAUCCAAACUCUCUUUGCCUAAGAGAUCUACAGAUGAUCUGGGUGGAGCCGACCCUGAUGUGCAGCUGUGCUAUCAGAUAGAGGCCACCUUCAUGGAGAUCAUCAGCUCCAGCACACAGGCACUGUGAGACAAAUAGAUAAAUAAGACAUAUGUCCUGGUGGGACUAUGGACUUGUCUGAGCGGGUAGGGUUAGUUUAAAUAGGCUUGAAGUAUUUCCUUAUAAAAAUUAAAGGGUAGUUCACCCAAGAAUGAGAAUUCUGUCUUUAUUUACUCACCCUCAUGUUGUUCCAGUCCUGCAUGAUUUGUCUUUAUUCUGUGGAAAAUUUUAGGCACUGACAGCCUCACUCACCAUUCAUUUUUAUAUCAUCCUUUUUCCAAACAAUGAAAGUGAAUGGUGACAGACUGUCAGUCCCUAACAUUCUGUUGAAUAUACAUUUGUAAUCCACAAAAGAAAGUAAGGCAUGCGUUUGAAACAGAAUUUUUAUUUUUGGGUGAACUAUUGCUUUAAGUCUCUUGUUACAGGAGACUGGGUCGAAGAAUUAUAGUUAUGAACCAACAAAGAAUUGCAUUGGUUGCUUUGGAAAGGCAUUGGAGCUGUUAGCGGUGGACCCAAUUCUAAAGUUAGUCUACUCAUGCAUAUAUAUUCUCCAAGCCAACAUCUCCAACCUAAUACCACAAGAGCUCUCUAGAUGCAGGUGUUUUUUUUUUGUUGUUGUUUUUUUUUUCAAACAUUGUACUCCACUUGUAUUGUUAUGGUUAAAAUCAUGGACAACCAUUUAUAAAGACAUAGGACAAGAUGGACCAAAGGAUUAAAAAAUUUAUUGCAGUGAGUUUGUGAGGACGCAGACUGGACUCAAUGAAAACUACCAUGUCUCUAUUCUCUAAAUUUGACUCAAAAUGUCCUAUGAUGUCUUUUGAGUGUAAAGUGAAUUGGGCCAGUCAUUCUCUGGCCAGUUCUUAAGGGUUGACUUAAUUCAGGUCACAAGGCAGUUUGUUGUAAAUGUAGUAGACAUUUUCUAAAUGAUGUGUUAGCUUGCUAGUUAAGUGUAUAUUUGAGUGCGCAAUGUGUGUGUCCAGGGCACUUAGCAGUGAUAUUAUCGGUCUGUUUUCUAGACCAACAUUUAAGAGCUCCAAUUUACAAAUGUAUUGGCUCGAUUUUGUUUGAACAUCUUGGUUUUGUAUACAUGUUAGUCUUACAUUUUGAACAUUUGUAUUAAAACAUCUUUUUGGAACGUCUUUUUCUCAAAGUCUUUUCUUCAGUAUAGCCAUACAAAUAACUAAUGUACAUGUAAUGUACAUCUAACAGAUUUUAGGUUGCCAGAGCAAAUCUAUGUGUAACAAAAAGCAACACCUAUACAUCUGAUUAUUUGUUUAUUAAAAUCCAUGUGGGGGCGCCCUUGUCACAUGGUAAAGAUCAUAUUCAGGCCGAGCUGUAACAGAGCCUGCUGUCCAAAUGGAAACACUUAUGCGUUUUCAAUUACAUGACUGGCAUGAAAAAAAUAACUCUUAACUUACAUGCUCGUUUUACUCCAGAACAAUGGUUGUCUGGUACGAAAGCUUUCGAAAAUAGUCUUCAUUUGCAAUAAGACCAGGUCAUGUUAAAAUUUAUAUAAGUGGGAGUCUCGUAAAUGCAGAA